AUGAAUAAUCUUGGUCCUUUCAUGCGUUGGAACUGGUCUCGGGAGCCUGACUCGGGUCUGGAAGUGACUGAACUGAUGUCGUGUCUAAACUUGCUGUACGGAUGUAAGCUCGGUUUAAACGCUGAUGUUUGGUUAUGGGAGGCAGACUCGUCCAAACGUUUCUCGGUCAAGUCAGCUCGCAGACUUAUCGGUGGCCAAUCUGACACCUCUGACCGGUUGGGUUUUGUGUGGAAUAAAUGGAUUCCGCUGAAAGUGAACAUCUUUGGGUGGCGUCUCUUCCUGAACCGAUUACCAUCCAAAGACGCUCUUGCUGCUCGGAAUAUCCACAUUGACUCGCAAUUAUGUCCGUUUUGUGAUGAGGUUACGGAAACUCUCGAUCAUCUUUUUUCUGCUUGUCGGUUCGGAAAUGAAGUGUGGGCAGGAGUUUCGUCUUGGUUAAAGAUUCCUCCUAUCUUUGCCUUCGGUUAUAAAGACAUCUUAUUAUUUCAUCGCUCCUUGAGGACUUCGAAGAGAGGCAGCAAGCUCAUACAGGCUAUUCUUCUUAUUUCUUGCUGGAUGAUAUGGAAGGCCAGGAACAAACUAAUCUUUGAAAAGUCGAAAUCCUCGGCUAAUGGUGUCAUCGGUGAAAUCAAAGCAGUGGGCUUUCUAUGGAUUAAGCAUCGGGCUAAAUCUCUGGGCAUUAAUGAAAUUAACUGGAGUCGUUUUGACUUAUUGUAA